AUGCCGCAUCAGCAGACGCCGCAGCAGCAGUCGCAGCUGCAUUUGCAGCAGCAUUCGCAGCAGCAAGUGCGAUACCACGAUCCGGGCGAACAGCAGCAGCAGCAGGAGCAGCAGCAGCAGCAGCAGGGAGCCCUUCAGUCCAGCAGAACCGCCAGCACGCGUCCUCUCCCAUCCGCCGUCCAUGCCCGUCCCACCCCCCAGCGCUCCUCUCUCGCGCAGCGCCCCUCACCCUCCCUUGGCGGUGGUGAUAUAGGAGUGGGUGGACUCAGAGGGCCGUCCGCCGACCCUCCCUCCGCUCCGCCCCCGUGCAAGCUGCCUCGGCGCCCCCCGGACCUCUCCUCCCGCCUCGCCGCCGUGCUGCAAAACAUCAACCCGCCGCGCCCUGCCCUUCCGCGGCUUCCCCUCCCGCGCUUGCCCAAGCCGGGCCUUCCUUCCCCCGCUGCGCCUGCAGCUCCCGUUGCCUCUGCGCCUGUUGCUGCACCUCGGUCUUUCGCCCCGCCGCCGGGAUCCUCCGCAGCAGCCGCAACAAUCCCGCCACCACCAACAACAGCAGCAACAGCAGCUGCAGUCGCAGCAGGAGGCGCAUCAGCAGCAGCAGCAGCAGCAGCGUCCGCCGUGUCUGGCACAAAGGCGCUGGGCGGAUUCACAGGGCUCACAGGCGCUCUGCCUCUCAUGCCCACACCACCGCUCGCCUCUGCUGCUCCUCCCACCAGCGGCGCUGCUGCUUUUGGUUUGGACCAGGGGGCGCGGUGGCCUCCGCACCUGCUGCAGCAAGGGGUGGGCCCGGAGAGGCCCCUGCACGUGGACGGGUUGUUGCCAGGCCCCAUGAGUGGCGCGAGGGAGGGCAUGCUGAAGCAGCAGCUCAUGGCCAUGGCUGAAGCCAUGGCCGUUGAUGACUCGGUGCGUGGGGCUGUUGUUUCGGAAGGUGGUGGGGAUGGGGGAAUGGUAGUCUUUCCCAAAAGCUCUCGAAAUCGCCUAUUCAUCCCCACUCAUUCUUACCAAACCCCGCCACUACCCCACCAGGUGCGGUGGCGGCAGUUCAUGCGCCAGUUACGGAGGGAGGCGGCUGCCGGGGGGGACACGCUGCAGCGCAUCGCCUUCCACGCGCUGGAGGCAUUAGAGGCGCGCAUGGAUGGCACCGCACUCGUCCGCAUGCACACCCCCAUGAACGUCACCGUUGAGGUGCUGCCCUGUCCCUCCCUCCCACCCCACCAUUACCCCCAUCCACCCAACCGCCAACCCUGCCCCUUCCACCCAACCCCCAACCGUGCCCCCUUCCAACCAAACCUCACCCCUGCCCCCCUCCCUUCCCCUUUCCCCUCCCCUUGCCCCUCUCCUUGCCGCCACCCCUCUUCUUCUUCACCCCCCUCUCUUUCCAUGAGUGCACCCACAUGGACAUCUCUGCUCAGGUAG